AGGCAUGGAAGACACUGAAGACACUAUAGACCCACCUGCUAAAGAAGAUAUAGGGGAUACUGAAGUCACUAUAAAUCCAUCCACUAAAGAAGAUAUAAAAGAUACUGAAAACACCAUAGACCUAUCAAAAAACUCACUAACUGAAGACUCUGCAGUUUCAAAAUAA